AUGAUCUUGUCAAGAAUGAGACCUUCUGGCCAGGUGGGUAGUAAAACAACCCCAGAAAACUUUCAGAAGUGGAAAGAACUACCAAAAUUAGAGGAGUUUCUUCGUGCUAGAGAUUUUACGGGGGCGAUUACGUUGCUGGAGUUCCAAAAGCAUGACAGUGAACCACAUCAAGAUAUUGACUUGUGGAUUGCGUAUUGUGCUUUUCACCGAGGCGACUAUAAACGUGCGGCCGAUGAGUAUAAAAAACUUUCCUUGGAUAGUAAGCUGGCUCCAGUGGUCCGCACUUACCUUGCUUGCUGCUAUUUUUUUAUGGGAAUGUACAAAAAUGCUCAAGCUGAAGCCAAGGAAGCAUCGCAAAGCCGCCUGCAAAAUCGCCUUCUUUUUCACAUUGCACAUAAACUAAAUGAUGAAAGAGAUCUACUUACGUAUCACAACGGCCUUUGCGACGUUUUGGAAGAUCAGCUGUCUCUCGCUUCUAUUCACUGUUUACGUAAUCACCACCAAGAGGCAAUUGAUAUUUACAAAAGGAUAAUGAUGGAGAACAGGGACUAUUUGGCUCUUAAUGUGUAUCUUUGUUUAUGUUAUUAUAAAAUUGAUUAUUAUGACGUUGCGAACGAGGUCCUCGAGAUGUACUUACAACAUUACCCUGAUAGCGCAACAGCAGUGAAUUUACGUGCCUGUAUCAAUUAUCGCUUAUAUAACGGAAAAAUAGCGGCAGCUGAGUUGAAAAGCCUUCAGGAAUCAGCUUCACCGAGUUUCGACUACGCAACGGAUUUGAUUAACCAUAACCUCGUGGUUUUUAAAAAUGGCGAAGGAGCUCUUCGGACUCUACCUAAAUUAAUUGACGUACUCCCAGAGGCUCGAUUGAACCUUGUCAUUUACCACCUCCGUCGGGAAGACAUUGAGUCAGCCUAUGAGUUGGUAAAAGAUAUUGAUCCAAGUACGCCCCAGGAGUACGUUUUGAAAGCCAUCGUGAACGCUGUUAUCGGUCAAGAGACAGCUUCGCGAGAACAUCUCAAGAUCGCACAACAGCACUUCCAGUUAGUGGGCGGAUCAGCUAGUGAAUGUGACACCAUUUCUGGGCGGCAGUGCAUGGCGUCUUGCUUCUUCCUUCUUCACCAAUUCGAUGAUGUCAUUAUCUACCUUAAUUCCAUUCAAUCAUACUUUUAUAACGACGAUACGUUCAACUUCAACUUUGGUCAGGCGAAGGCAGCUGUGGGGGCUUUCAAAGAGGCACAAGAGCUAUUUCACCUUGUUCAAUCAGACAAAAUACGAAAUGAUUAUGUUUACCUGAGCUGGCUUGCGCGCUGUUACAUUAUGACUAAGAAACCUCGAUCAGCGUGGGAAUUAUACCUCAAGAUGGAGACAUCAGCUGAAUCCUUUAGCCUGCUGCAAUUGAUAGCUAAUGACUGCUAUAGGAUGGCACAGUUCUACUACGCUGCGAAGGCAUUCGAUGUUCUAGAGCGUUUAGAUCCUAAUCCCGAAUAUUGGGAGGGGAAGAGGGGCGCAUGUGUGGGUGUUUUCCAACUAAUCAUUGAUGGACAGGAGCCUAAGGACACAUUGCGAGAGAUCUUACAGAUACUCCGAAACACAAAUAACUCCCAAACGGAAUAUUUUAUCCGAAUCAUAAAGAAGUGGGCCAAGGAACAUUCUGUCACCGUAUAA